CGCCAAAAAUUGUGACUCGAGUCGGACUCCGACAAGUCACGCAUUGACUCGAGUCUUUACAACUCUGCAGCACCCCUCCCCUUUUUGCGAAAAAUUCUCUGGGCCGCUGGGGAGCCUUCAACUAUAGUAUGUAGGCCUACUUCAACAAAUAUUAUAAUCCUAACGAAAAAAAUCAUUGCUUCUUGUGAUGAGCGCAAUCAACACAUCUGAUGAACAGUUAGCCGUAUAAUCUGAACAGUAUAGCGCCCUCAAGCGUUUGACAAGUGUCAGUUCAAUAAAAUGGCAGCUUCCAUUGAUGUUUAUUGACAACGGAAAAUACUGCAAACGAAUCGCAUUGCUCAGACAGUAAAAUCAUCUCGAUGGCUGCUUUAAAGCCCCGGAGCCUUUCAACCAAAUCGAAGCUGAUGUCAAGUCCUUCCAUGGUCAAUCAAACGGCCGAUAUUCGACGUGGAAAGAGCACAACCGAGCCUCCAACAUGUCCAACAAGAAGUCAACGACAACAACGGACAGCAACAGGCCGCGGUGGACGGCGGAUCGCAAGUGAUGUGGAUGUGACGGAUCGUGUGCGACAAAGAAGACCAAAUUCCCUCAGACAAGUGGCUGACAAUCACAAUGAAGAAGAGUUAAAUGCCAACAAUGAAGGACAGGAUGUGAAAUUCAUUGACGUUCCAUCUGAAAGCGGCGCAGCAUCAGGACGGCCAAAUUCAAAAUGCCAAACGAUGUCACCUCAAGAAAUUCUGGAGAUGAGCCAAGAAUCAAAGUACGAGGAUGUUUAUGAUGUCAACUUACACACAUGUAACAUUGGUACAAUUCCAAAUCUGGAAAAGUUUACACAUCUUCGCUUGCUGGAUUUGUCUUGUAAUUCCAUCAGGCAGAUUGCAAAUUUACAUCACAACAAGGAAUUGAAAGAAUUGAAGUUGUACGGAAAUGAAAUAACAUCAGUCAGCAAUCUUGAAAGUCUCGUUGAACUGCAUACGCUUCAACUUCAACACAACAGAAUACAAACUUUGGGGCAAUGUCUAUCAUGUCUCAAGAAGUUAAAAGUCCUCAGGCUGGACAGCAACCGCCUCAGGAAACUAGACUCGCGAGAGAUUGCUUCUUGCUCACAGCUGACAGUUCUUGACAUCAGCAGCAAUAAAAUUGACACUUUGCAUAGUUUAAAUUGUUUAUCAUCAUUGGAGGAACUGCACGCUACACACAAUGGCUUGAGAGCUGUGACAGACCUCAGCAGAUGCAAAAAGCUGAAUGAGGUGAAUCUGUCCCACAACAAGUUAUCAGAUGUCUCAGGCUUAAAGGGACUUCCCCAUAUCACUAUCCUCCAACUGUCUCAUAACAGCUUGACAACCAGUUGUCUGAAGGCUUUGGGGAAAUUAAGGUCCUUACAGAAUCUAGAUGUAUCAUACAAUCAGCUGACAGAGCUCAGCGGCAUACAUGAACAGUUCCCAUCACUGGAGGUGCUGAAUGUGAGUGACAAUAGGAUACACAGGUGGACAUCCAUUUGUUCGUUAGCCAAAUGUAGCAGUCUGUCUGAGCUGUAUUUAUCAGGGAAUCCAUUCUGUGCAGAGCAGGGAGAGAAACCAAGUUACCACCAUGAAAUUCAAGAGCUGCUCCCUAAUCUGGACAUUCUAGACGGCAUUCACAUGAAGAGAAACUCAGCCAAGUCAGCGCCUGUCAUGAGACCAAUGUCUGCUGCAUCAGCACUGAGUGCCAGACAGGUUGAGAAUCAGCUGAAACACGUUGAGGCGGAUCUGGCAUCAUUUGGAGCAAGUCUUGCAGCGAGGUUUGAGAGUGUGCGUUCUACUAUGGAGAGUCUGCCCCUAGACCCGCCUUCACCUAGGCCAGGCACAGCACUGAGUAUACGCAGCGUGUCCACAUCAGAUGGGUCCCGACCAGGCAGCAGAUGCAACAGUCGAAGCCGGAUCCUGGAGGCACAGGCCUUUGCAACCAAAAAUUUCUAACCGUGGAGGGCAGCUCUCUUGGACUGGACUUCAGGUUCUAAAGAGGACUUUGGGUGUACUUCAUGAUGGAACAAGAUCUGGGCAAUAUGCCAUUCCUAAAGAAAAGAUGAUGUCCAACACCACUGGCCACGGGUCACAGUUUUCAAGCGUCAUGGUUCACUUUUUGAAUGCUGCAGUUCACUUUUUGCGACAUUUGGAAAUAUAAUCACGAUGAAAACUUGUCCUUUAUAGAAUAUCAUAAGAAGUGUACGUGUUCAAAAUGUGCGUCAGCUCUUGAUACAGCGUACACAGUAUGUACGUGUAGAACGUUCGUAUAUCGGCGGCCAUUUUUGGAACAUUGGGGGCAAACUGGUCAGUAUACAAAUUCAACUGUGUGACUGGUGUAUGGGCAUCCUCUAUCCAGUCUUUAUAUAGAGAUUAAUCAAUCUAUCGUAUCCAUGUGUAGACCUACUUUGCAUUUGAAAUUUAAUGAGCAGAGAAAAUUUCAGGCAAAAGUUUGUGUUCUAUGCACAAACACCGAAAAUUGGCUUUGUGUGUUUCUUUUCAAUGACCAUUUCGUCAAGCGGUAAAAACAAUUAUGAAACAGCCAUCAAAUUAGUAAUUUUGAUGCGUGUUGCUUAUGAUGCCUUUACAAGGCUUUCGUGAAAUCGGUCUUUUAGGACGCAUCUUAGCUAGGAUCAAUCUUAGAGCGGGGACUCAUGUUUUAAGUCCUAAGACGAGUCAUAAGAUAUUAAAAAGAGGAGUUUCGUGAAAUCAGCCCCAGAAUUAUCAAAAACAAAAAUCCCAGUGUAUUGUUUCAGUGUUUUAGUCGGAUCCACCACAAGCUCAUCACAAGUCCUUUUAAGUCACAAGUCCAGUCGCAAGUCCAGUCAUGUGAUGGACUCUACUACAAUAACGUAGUUUUUAAUCAUAAAAUUGCGAAAUGGUCAAAACAAAACUUGUCCAGAAUUUAAACACAGUGAUGCACACAUUGUUUAAUCAUAAAAUUAUUGUGUCGAUGAGUUUAUAGAGAAAUUUAGAAAAGCUUGUUUUUACUGUGUAUAGGUUGUACAGUAACGUGUGUAUGUUGAUCGUUGUACAUUAUAGCACUUAAAAAAAUAAAGGUUUCAUUUUUGGAAAUUUCUAAA